AUGUCCAAGGAAAUGACAGCUGCUACCGUCUACGUUGUCGAAGAUGUUUCAAAGGAAAAAGAAGAAACAAGUAUUUCAUAUCCUGAGAGUACUCAACUAAAAGUUGAUAAACAUGGAAAUGUCCUAGAUCCACAGCCUUCAGAUAAUCCACAUGAUCCGUUAAAUUGGUCAAAUAUUAAAAAAAGUACCAUAUUAUUAAUCGUUUCAUUCGCUGCGUUUUUACCAGAUUAUGGAAGUGCCACUGGUGCGGUAAUGUUAAUCCCACAGGCUGCUAUCUGGAAUACCACUCCUGAUACUGUGAAUCACUCUCAAGCUGGUAAUGUAAUUAUGUUGGGUUUUGGUGGUUUGGUUGCUUGUAUCCUUUCCAGUUAUUUUGGGAGAGCUCCUGUCCUCUUCUGGUUUAUUGUUAAUGCUGUAUGGACUGCCGUCUGGUGUGCUACUGCUACCAGUUUCAAUCAAUUCAUGGCUGCUAGAAUUUUGAACGGAUUCUUUUCAACCGUCUCUCAAGGAUGUGGUAUGAUGUUUAUUGAAGACAUGUUCUACUUUACUCAGAAACCUCGUCGAGUUAAUAUUUUAUCAGGAUUUAUCAUCUUCUCGCCAUAUUUGGGACCAAGUCUGUCUGCUUUCAUGUUAACGACGCAGAGCUGGCGAACUGGUUUUGGUCUUUAUUCUGCCCUCACUGGCUUAGCUCUCAUCCUUAUCGUUCUAUUUGUAGAUGAGACUUACUAUGACCGUACUCUCGCUGACAGUGAACAACCAAAAAGAGUAUCGAGAUUUCUCCGUCUUAUUGGCACCGAGCAAUUUAAAUCGAGGCACCUGAGAAACAGUUUCAAAGAUUCGAUUAUGAGACCCAUCAAGGUUCUUAUGAGGCCUACUAUGUUUCUUAGUUCUGUCUAUUAUGCGAUGACCUUUGCUUGGGUUGUUGGAAUCAAUACUACUCUCUCAAUUUUCUUCACUUCGACUUAUAACUUUGGUCUCAAGCAAAUUGGCUUCUUCUACUUUACUCCAAUUGUUGCCACGCUUCUUGCUGAAACCACUGGUCACUGGCUCCAUGACUAUAUUGGAAAUAGAUAUAUCAAAAGACAUAAUGGAGAGUUCCGCCCUGAGACUAGACUGCAAGCUAUUUUCCUGUCUUUUCCAUUCACUGUGGCUGGCCUUGUGCUAUUAGGUUUCGCUCUUGAAAAACACUACCACUAUAUGGUGGCCAGUCUUGGCUGGGGUAUGUACGUUUUCUCCGUCUUAAUUUUGACUACUGCUUUGAAUGCGUACAAUCUCGACUGCUACCCUGAGGCCAGUGGUGAAAUCAAUGCUUGGAUUAACUUUUCCAGAGCAACUGCAGGUUUCGCUGCGAGCUAUUUUAUGAUUCCAUGGCUAACAAAGGUUGGUGCCAUUGCCGCCUUCUCCAUUAUGGCUGGUAUCUGUGCGGUUGCCCUUUGCAUUAUCAUUUUCAUGUUUAUUUUCGGACCACGCUUGAGAAAGUGGUCUGGACCAUUAAACUUUCAUACCUUUUAG